UUGUUGCUGCGCGUUUGUGUUCAUUGCGAGUUAAAAUUGUGACUAUUUGUUUUAUGCGUAUAUAUGAAGUGAAAAUUUAAUUGUUUGUUAAUAAAAUCAACGCUUAUUGCGUCCCAAACCGUUAGUGAUGUGUAUUUAUUUCUUUGAUGCAAUGUUAACAUUGAGCAGUUUGUGUCGUGUGAAUAUUGUGAAUGGUUGACAAGAUAUAUGAAUAAUAAAUUGUGGGAUAUCCCUUUGAGCGGGAGCUUGAAUGCCGUGCGCAUGGUAAUCGCAGCGGAUAAAUAUAGAUAGUUGACAACAUGGCACGGAGAAAAGGAAUCUCCAAUAAGUCGAAGUCAAUAACGUCUGCCAGAAGAUUACAGCAUCAACAAGAAAACAAGGCGCCACAAAGCAAGGCAUUAUUAGGAAAUGAGGAACGAGUCCCGAUCAAAGAGGAGUCCCCAACUGUCAUCGCGCAUCCGGACAACAGAAUGGCUCCAACGCAAGUGCCUCCGAGUUCGCCAGCACCAGCAGCCAUGACCUGCGCUGACAACAAUAACACGGCCGACCUGCAAAACAAAUACCUGCAUAAGAAGUUCAAACGCGCUAGCGCAGCUCCUGCUAUCCAAGAACCAGUCUUAAUCACUUCUGCAGGUUCUGAUCAAAAUUCAAAUCGAGAGUCGUCGACAUUUGAUGUAAGCGCAUCCCCUAUCGGUCAGAGUGGCCGUCAUGUGUGCCCAUACUGCAAGUUAGCCUGUGCAAAACCUUCCGUCCUGCAAAAACACAUCAGGGCUCACACGAACGAAAGACCAUAUCCAUGCGAACCAUGUGGAUUUGCUUUCAAAACCAAAAGCAAUCUGUACAAGCAUCGCAGAUCACGAGCACAUUAUCAACGGUCAAGAUGCGGCAGUGGAACGGCAGAGGAGGAUGCUUCAGAUGCUGAUUUGUCUUCCUCUAAUGCUUCUGAGGGGGCGCCAGAAACACCGCCACCGUCCACAAUUGUUCCAACUGUCACUGUUCCUAUAUCUGCCAUCAUAUCAACGACUGCAAUAACCGCGAAAACUCCUAUUUACAAACCUAAGUUUCACAAAGCUGCGCUUUAUAGGGACGAUAGUGAACAUGCAGAAACGACUAUUGUCAAUUCAGUCAAUUCAACAAACUCGUUCAUGUCUAUGAAUUCUGUUAACUCUACUAAUGCAGUGAAUUCUAUGAACAUGGUAACUGGUAUCCAGUUUGCCACUUCUGCAUCUAACCAAUCUACUUCAGAAGCAGAUUCAUUGACCCGUCGCAUAUCUAAGAUCAUAUCACAAAAUGAGGCUAUAGUAGAUGUUGUAGAGCCUCCUUUACUUCAACGUAAAUAUGGUAAAAUUAAUAAUAUGACAAACAACACUGCACCUGUAGUUUCAAAAUUAGCAAAUGCUCUUUUACGCAACGACCAACAACCAUUAAACUUAACUAAACCCGCUAGUACUGCUAAUGAACCGCAUAGAGAAAGAAUGCGUCAGCGAAGAUAUUCCGAAACCCAACCGAAUGCCUUAAGAUUAGAUCAGCAUCCACAAAAUCCAGAAGGCUCUAUUAUCAAAGACUUACUCUUAAAAGCGCGCGCUAGAGGCGAUGCUCCAUUCAUGCUGGGCGACAUUCCAGAGGAUCUGGGCAUUGGAGGAGGAUCACAGUAUACAUGUCCACUUUGUAGAAUUUCAUUUCGCGGCGCUGAUAAUCUUGAAACUCAUCGACAAUAUUACUGCAAAGGUGAAAUCAACCCAGCAGUCGGUUUUCAGAGAAGUAGAUCAGUGAAUGUGCAAUUGCCCGAGUAUUACAACCCAAACACACUUGCUAAACUCGCAUCGUCUACUUUAAAAGCUCCUGCAAACAACCGGCGUGGGCACAAACCUGGUGACCUUAAAAUUGUACCACCUGACUUUGAAGGGAAUAAAGUUUCUACACCAUUACCUUCACCAGGUCCUUUGUUGGGUAGUACUCGAUUAGUUGCGAACGACGGGGUUCCGCCUCCAAAGCGUUCUCGGGCUGAUAUUAUGGUUGUACCACCAACUCUCCGUUCACUUGAAGAUUUAUGCUCAUCGCCUCUGCUCAGAUCACAGCAACAGUUGGGUACCGCUGCUUCCUCAUUGCAAAUGUUUGGCGGCGAAGUUCGUAUUGUCGAUGAUGCUAGUGGGGAGACAAAAACUCUGAGAAUUGAACCGUCGAGUGCUCAGAAUUCGCCCGCCUCGAUAAUAUUUACACCUACCAGUUCUGGACCAGAAACACCAGGUCGUAUAGUAGUGCGGUCCGGAUUACACUCUGGUGGUACAAUGUUGCAUAACCCUCCAUCGACUGUGCAUAUUGCGCCCCUAACUCCGCUGACGCCAAGUAAGAAACAGCAAGGCCCCAUCACCCCACACCAGCCUAACGUUUCCGCUCCGGAUGUUGCGCCCAACAUUACGCAUUUUCGAUUUCCGCCUAUUCAAAUACCUCAAGAAUGUAGCUCAGGUCCCCAAACAAUUGUUCAUGGUGGUAGGCUCAUACCUUUUGUUCCUGGAAUUCCAGGACCAAAUACAUUGAGUACGAAUGAAUAUAAUGCUACAGGGGUAAGAGCAAGUCCAGCAACCAGUCCUCGAUUACCAAAAACUUCAAGUCCACAACUAAGUGUCUCAUUGGCAAAUAGUUUUUCUAAACUUUCUACUGCGUCCAUAAAUACCAUCAAUUCGUCUAAUGCUACUCCUUCAAAUGUAAUUAACUUAUCCAUUCCAAUUAUUAAUACAGAUCAAUUAAAACUGGAAAAUAACUAUUACAACACACUUCUUAAUAAUCAUUCGGUAAAUCAAAAUGGGUUUUCAAAUAUUGCUAAUUGUUAUGAAAGCAAAAGCUUAGAAAUGGUUGUGUCUUCAAAUACACAAGUAGAAUUGAAUAAAGAAAUGUCCUCGACAGAUAAAUCAAAAGUUAAUGGAGAUUGUUCAAUAAACUAUCAUCAAGUGAAUGAUAAUGAAAAAAAACGGUUAAAUAACAAAAAUGUGAAUGCAACAGUUGAUGUAACAAUACCAGUUUCAGAGGAGCGACAUUUUAAUUUUGAAAAUCUGAUAUCAAAGUCAGAGAUAUUAAACAAGCCCGUUUUGGAUACUGCUAGUAAUCGUAGUUACAUUGAAGAAAAGAUCAUUGCAAAGAGUUUUAAUAUUACAUCUAGUACAAAUUUAUGUACAAAUGUUCAAUCCAACUCUAGAACUAUGGAAACAUUGUACUUUAGAAAGAAUAUGCACUCUUCUGGAAACAGUGCUGAAAUAGGUAAAAGUAAAUUCUUACGACCAUCCUCUCUGCCAUUGAAACCUGGUACAUUCACACCAAAGAAACAUCAUGGAAUAACUCCAAAUGCUCACACACUGCCAUUGAUUUCACCCGAAACUCCAAGACCAGCGAAAGCAUUUGGCCAAUUAUAUCUUAAUGGACAUGCUUACACAUAUCUUGGUCUUAAAUGCUCAACAAAAGCAUAUUACUGUACAUUGAAUCGUUUACAACCGAUGUAUGUGGCAAAUCAGCAUACACUAUCAAUGUACAGCAAUUGGAGAGUAUGCUCAGAGGCAUGUCCGAAUCCUUUAAAAAUGACGCCUGUUGAAGUUAUGGCUCUUUAUGAUUCUAGACAUCGUCCACAGCGUGUAUCAAUUGCAAAACCAAGAACUGUUGAUGAUGUUUUAACACACUCUUCAUAUUGGCUUGAUAAAAAUGCUGUUAAGAGUCAGGGUAUGAAUAACAGUGAUGUAUUCAAAACAAGUGAGUUGAAUGAUUCCGAGGAAAUUGAUCAAAAACAAUCUGAACUUAACUUGUCCGAAGGAUUUGAAAGCCAUGAGGAAUAUACUUAUGUUAGGGGCAGAGGACGUGGAAAAUAUGUGUGCUCAAAAUGUGGCAUACGAUGCAAGAAGCCUUCUAUGUUAAAAAAGCAUGCACGUACGCAUACUGAUGUAAGACCAUUUACAUGUAGACACUGUGCAUUCAGCUUUAAAACCAAAGGGAAUUUAACAAAACAUAUGAAGAGCAAAGCUCAUUAUAAGAAAUGUGUAGAACUAGGCAUUAAACCAAUACCAACUUCUGUUGAGGAAGAUGACUGUGUGGAUCCUGCAGGGGGUUUCUGUGAAUCUGUUGGAGUCUCUGGAGACUCUGAUAGUGAGACUGAUACUGAUGCCGAUGAGGGGAACGAAGGGGAAACAGAGUCAAGUGAUACUGAUGAGUCUAAAUCAAGAUUGCCGGAGCAUGAAGCCGCUCAUUGUCUGUUGUCUUUAUCUUCUGGCCACAUUAUUACUGAGAAACAAACAUCACAUAUUACACCCGGAUUGAUUUCCUCCAAUAGACCAUGUACCUAUCCUUAUGAACUGCAGAAAUUAGAAUUAAUUGAGGCCAGUGAGAAAAUAAUUCUUGAGAAAAAUGUGAAUAAUAUUUCUAAGAAUUUGCAUCAAUCUUCUAAAGAUCAAUUACCAAUCAUUACUAUUAAAGAUAAUAGUGAAAAACUUGUUUCAAAAGAUAAAACUCAUGUAAGAAGUAACAAUGAGAGAAUUGAUGAUAAUAGUGUUGUAAUGGUUACUGUUGCUUCUUCAAUGCCAUUUAAAUAUGCUAAAACUAUAAAUUCAAUAAGGCAAAAUAGUGUCAUUAUAUCUAAUCACCAAUCAGUCAAUAAUGUUUAUUAUGAUCAACAACUGACACCAGAUGGUUUUCAACCAAUUGAUUUAACUAAACCUCGUGAUAAAAUGCAAAUAGAUUUCACCACUAAAUCAUCAUUAAGAAAUACUAAUAUCAUUUCAAAUGAAACUGAUAAUGAGCCAAUGAAAGUAAUUACGAACCUAGUAACUAGUGCAAGUAAAUCAUAUAAACCAAAUAUUACAAAAGUUAGUGAUGAAAUUAUGUUUCAUGCUUAUUUAACAGAAAAAGCACUGCAAGAAACAAAAAUUAAACAGAGCCAAUAUACUAACAAUCGGUUUCAAGUUAGUGGCACAACUUUUAAUGCCGAAGAUUUACAUAACAAAAAAAUGUCUAGAUUUGCUGAAACAGUGGAUAAUGCCAGUGAAGCCAGUAGGUUAGCGCCUGCUUCAUGUUCAGCUGCAACAACUUCUGUUGUAUUAACUCGAGAAUCUUUGGUUGGAUGUAGAAAACCAUCAGGUAUCAGUGAAUCACAAUUAUUAUCUAUAUCUAAUGUUGAGAAAUCUGGUAUAGAUACAUUAGCUGAAAUUGCUGCGUGUUCUUCAAAAUUAGAAACAAAUAUUGAUAACAAUACUAGCAAUCAAUCAGAUACUACAAAUAGUGUCAAAAGUGCAACUGAUAAUGCUAAAAUUGUUGCAUCUGAAUAUCUUAAAAUAACCAGUGAGAAAUCGAAAAAUAAUGAAUUAUUCGAAGAAAAAAAUGAUAUUGGAACAUCAAAAUUAGAAAUAUUAACAAAAUCAAAUAAUGAUAAUAUAUUAGAUACAACGCAAAAUGAUAUUUUAGAUUCCAAUGAACAAAUUGAUCAAAAACAGAUGUCAGAGCACAUGCCAGCAAGAAAAGUAGUUGUAGGGGCUGGAGGUUUGAGUUUUAAACUAGCAGGUUCACCAAAUGAGUUUCCUUCUCCUGGAAGUCAGUUCCAAGCCGGCAGAGUUACAGAAGAUGGAAGAUCUGUAUGUUUCAUAUGCUCUAAAACAUUUUCAAAGCCUUCUCAGCUAAGGUUGCAUAUCAACAUUCACUAUUUUGAAAGACCAUUUCGUUGUGAGGCUUGUGCUGUAAGUUUUCGAACUAAAGGUCAUUUACAAAAGCAUGAAAGAUCAGUUUCCCACCAUAACAAAGUAUCUAUGGCAUCAACUUUUGGGGCUCCAACAACAUCAAAUCCAAGACCUUUUAAUUGCUCUGAUUGUAAGAUUGCAUUCAGAAUUCAUGGCCACUUAGCUAAGCAUUUGAGAAGCAAAAUGCAUGUUAUGCGAUUGGAGUGUUUAGGUAAAUUGCCAUUUGGAACAUACGCAGAGAUUGAAAGGGCCGGAGUCAGUCUAACUGAUAUUGAUACAACAGACUGUGAUAACUCUUUAGCUAGUUUGCAAGUUCUUGCACAGAAAUUGCAUGAAAAAGAUCCUAACAAACAAGGAACUUGGAAUCCCGCCAUAAUGGCUCCACCAAUACUACCGGCUGGCGGUGAUAGUGAUAGUGAAGGUGAACCAAUGAGUCCACAGAAUUCUUCAGAAGAAUUUCUUAAAAAUUCAUUGAAAACAGUGGACAAUUUUAAUAGCUGCAGCAUCUGCAAAGGUAGUUUUGAGACUAUUAAAGAACUGGAAGUGCAUGUAUAUACUGAACAUAAUUCGCAAGGAAUUGAAACAUCACUAAUGAAUGUUUCUUCAUCCUUUAAUAGUGAUAUAAAAAGAAAGUGUGAUGAAAUAGAUUUAUAUGGCAAAGUAAUUGAUAGCAAACGAUGUAAAGUCAGUGACAGUUAGUGCCAAAUUAACUCUAUUUAAAAAAAAAUUCAAAUGUGAUUAAAUGAAAUGAAAUAUGUAGAUUAUUAUAAGAAGAAUCUUUUUUUAUAGAUGAUUAUAUAGUGCGUGCCCAUGAAAUAUUUAUUAGAGAAAGAUUUGUAAUUAUUUACUACUUAUGAUAUGAUGUGUUGUGUUCUUUUUAAUAUAACAUAUA